AUGACUACGUUUCUUAUAAACUGUUUGGCCAUAGACGAUUAUUCUUGUGAAGACGUUUUAGAAAUCAGAAUUAAUGGCAAUGAGACUGUCGAAAAUCUUGUGGAAAUUAUCAAGAAAAGUAAACUUGGUUUUAACGGCAAACUUCUAAAAAUAGAUCACCUUCCUGAAAUGUUGAGUGGUCGUGUAUUAUCAUCGAAUCACCUUUUCCCCGCAUUAGCUUCAAAAGAUGUGUUGUUGAAAAAAAGCUUGUGCCCGGUGAUAAAGUUAUCUACCAUUAUAGCGAUGGGUGAAAUUGUUAAUAAAUCUAAUAAACUUCAAAUCCGAUGCAUCAAAGAUCGUCAAGAAUUUGACUCGAGUUCAUUUGCUAAAUUCAUCAAACUAGCAAUCGCACCAUGUGAUAUAACAAGUAGAAAUUGA